AUGUCUGGACGCGGAAAACAGGGAGGCAAGACACGGGCGAAAGCAAAGUCUCGUUCCUUCCGAGCUGGUCUGCAGUUCCCCGUGGGCCGAGUGCACCGCUUGCUCCGCAAAAGCAACUACGCAGAACGCAUUGGGGCAGGCACGCCGGUGUACUUGGCGGCGGUGCUGGAGUACCUGACGGCUGAGAUCCUAGAGCUGGCGGGCAAUGCGGCCCGCGACAAUAAAAAGACGCGCAUCAUCCCGCGUCACCUGCAACUGGCCAUCCGUAAUGACGAAGAACUCAACAAGUUGCUAGGUGGUGUGACCAUCGCUCAGGGCGGCGUCCUACCCAACAUCCAGGCGGUACUGCUGCCCAAGAAGACUUGA